ACAAAUGGCUGCCUCUACCCGUGGUAGUGCAGGUGCCUUGCUCUUACUCGCAUUCCUUGGCUUUGCUGCGACUCUCCCUUCUUCUGCCAAUGCGAGGCAUUUCCCUCGUAAGGAUGGCACCAGCGCCAGCGACAUCAACAGCAAGAAGCUCUCCUGGCCGCCGUUGUUCUGGAAGUCCGGCAGCGGCCAUGGCUCGGGAAGCGGUCAUGGGUUUGGGUGGACCAUCUCACACGGUGGGCCUAACACGACCAUCGGGUUCGGCGGGGGUGUUGGUGGCGGCGACGGUACUACCCGUGAUGGCGGCUCUAGUGCCGGCGUCGGAGUCGGCAUUGGGGUCGGUAUUGACAUCGGCAAGGAUGGUGUGGAUAUGGGGAUCGGUGUUGGUGGAGGUGGUGCCAUGAGUACCCACAACGGUAGCGUAAGUGUGGGCAGUAGCGGUGGAGGAGGCAUUGGAAUCCACAUCGGUUCAGAUGGUGUGGCUGUCACCCAUGGUGGUGGCACCAGCAUAGGUGUUGGCAGUGGCGGUAGUGCAUCGAGCAGCGGUAGUGGUGUUGGACAUGCAGGCAAUGCUACAGGGAGUGGCCAAGGCUCUGGAACUGUGAAUGGUGGAACAGGGAGUGGUGGGGGGCGUGGAUCUGGGGUGGGCGAAGGAGGCUACGGAGGUGGCGGCGGGGGUGGCACGGGGAGCGGCAGUCAUCCCUAAGGAUGAUAUGUUUGUGAUUUGUACGUAGGAAGCGAGCUUGAUUUACCAAGGUCUGUAGUGUGUAAGCUUCAUUGUACCGGUUGCCAUCUGAACUGUUAAGCAUGUAAGGUAGGAGCUCUAGGAAUUAAGUGAUGCCUUUAACUGUUGAUGAGUGAAUAAGUGUGGCCCUGCUUGCUCAUAUUUCGGUGCAGAUUCCAUUGA